CUAUCGGCUGAGUGCCAGAGAGGGGGACGUCGCGGAGCACAAUGCAAAAAAAUAACAUUGUUUACCAGCAUUUUCCCACGUGAAGAUGCUCAAUUUCACGGGAGUGAGUAUAGCUAUAGUUCUAUGGUGUGCAGUUACAGGGAGCGCUGCCAGGAAUGUCGGGCGGCAGGAAAACAGUCUGCUUGUGAUAUCGUACGAUGCAUUCCGGAAUGAAUACCUUCAGCGCAACAUCACGUCGUAUAUGAACAGUUUCCGGCAGCAGGGCGUCUCGGCGCCCUACAUGAAAAACGUCUUCCCCACGAAGACCUUUCCCAAUCACCACUCAAUCGCCACGGGAGUGUUCCCGGGUGUGCACGGCGUGACAGCGAAUUCCGUCUACGAUCGAGUGUCUGGAAAGUACCUGAAUUACGGCUUCCCACUGUUCCACCACAACGAGCAAGUUGUCCCGAUUUAUACACUGAAUGAACUGCGAGGGAAAUACUCAGGUUGCAUGAUGUGGCCAGGCAGUGACUUUCCCUAUUCCGGCCGCAAUUGCACUCACGUCCAAGUCUACAAUAAAUCCAUGGCGUGGAGUGAGCGCGUAGACAUUGUCAUGAACUGGCUGACUGAUAAGGAGAAGCCAGCCAGUCUCGUGAUGAUGUACAUUGAGGAACCGGACACGGAUGGACACAUUUAUGGGCCAGAUUCUGAUGUGAUCCGCGGCUUGAUCACCAAACUGGACAAUCUCACGAAAAUCAUUCAGGAGAAGUUGAAGGAAAAUAGUCUCAGCGAUCGCGUGAAUGUGAUUCACUUGAGUGAUCAUGGAAUGGAAGGUGUGACGUCGAAAAACGUAAUCGAUCUACGUAAGUUUGUCAACAAUGGAACCUGUGAUUUCUACGGCACAUCGCCUGUCCUGCAAAUUGUCCCGAAACCAGGACAGUUCGAUGAAGUCUAUCAGAGACUCAGAAGAGGCGCCGAAAGCAAUGGACAUUUCAAAGUGUACAACGAUACAGAACUCCUUGAGCGGUGGCACUUCAAGAAUCCUGCCAGAUCGGGACCAAUAACAGCUGUGGCUGAUCCUGUGUACGCCUUCCAGGACUUGUAUGACUCAGCUGCGUGGUAUGCGGCAAAUUACAACGUGACUUUCACGCCAGAUCACGUGUACGGCAUCCAUGGAUACGACAAUCAGGGGCUUCCGUCCAUGUACUCAAUGUUCAUGGCCAAAGGACCGGAUUUUCAGGAGCACAAAGUCCUCGAGCCCUUCGACUCCGUCGAUCUUUACGAUCUCUUCGUGAAGAUCCUCAACAUUAGCAAUCCUCCGGUGACAAAUGGCACUCUAGCGCACGUGGCUGAGGCUCUCAAGACGUCAUCCUUGUCGAACAGCACCAGGAAGAAUCCCAAAGUCUCAGCAGCAAUUGUGGCCCUUGGCAGUGCAAUGGUGAGCUUCAGCAUUGUGUCCUUUAUCGCUGCGUUUGUUGUUAUGAUGGUGCGCAAGCGAGGCGCACAAGAGACGGAGGAAGUGGAUCUGUCCACGAGUCACGAGGUGACUUUCCUCCUCAAGAACACGAGCAACAGCUCAUCGGGCUCCUCGACGGUCACGGACACUGAUAUAUGACACUCAGCCAGCCUCCAGAAGUGUAUCAUCCCAAAGUUAGUCAAACUAAUGAGAUUAUUUGUAAAUAUGCACUGAAAUAGACUGUAAUUUUAUAGGAAAAAAAAUA